UCGAGUUUUAAACCGCUGUUGCUGUUCAAGUUCAUUAUCACAUUAACUUCUCUGUCAGUUUAUCUUCCUCAUCAACUGAAGGGGUUAAGUUAGUAAACUGAAUUAAAGUCUUGUCUUUAAGCGUAAAACCUGCUCGAUGGGACCCGAAGAGAGGGAUUGGGUGGACAUGGCAAACGAUGUUUUGUUGAAAUGUCACAUUAACCUGAGGCUGGAAAGGAUCUCGGAGUGUGAUGCAAAUGUGUUUGUGGCUUUGUAUGAGGCGAUCUUGGGAGAGAAAGUUCCAGAUUAUGUAGCUGUUGAGCGCCAGGAAGAUGACAUCCACAAUGUGCAAUCUGUCAUUGACUCGUUGGCCUUAGACUACCUUCAGAUUAGUUUAUCUCACAUCACAGGUGAGAAUAUAGUUAGAGGAGAAAAAGAAUCUAUCAGAAACCUGUUGGAGAUUUUUGAUGGUCUGCUGGACUACCUCAUAGAGCAGCAGAGUGAUGAGGAGCCUCAACAUAAAGGGCUCAAUGGAAAGACCAAUGCUGCCAAUGCAGCUUAUCAGCCUCGAAAUCAGGACACAGGCAAGAUGCAGUGUCAGCCCUUAACCAUUCAUUCUGUACUCCAGUCCAUUGAACAUUCCCUCCAUUCCUGGGAUGGGAAUGAAUUCAAGUCAACAGAGCUCAUCCAACUAGGGGAUUCUGCUCACAUGUUCAUGGCCAAACAAGAAGUGUUGGCUGCUGUCCUUCCUCAAGUGGGAACCGUUGAAAACACAGUGAGCACUCGGACCACCCUCCUGAAAGAACCUCUCUGGCCUGCCAUUCCUCUCCAGCCUCCCUACCAGACCACCACCCAGAGAUCCCCUCCCUCUACUGACACAGCCCCAUUUUCUGAAGACCAGACCAUACAGAAACCAGAAAACUUAUGUCGCGAGAUUGUUCACUCAUCUGAUGGGGUUCACGUCAAUAGGGAGUUGAAUGUUCCUGUUUCCGAGGAAACUGAGAAAUUUGAAUUCUGUCGGAGGGGAGUUGAUUCAGAAGAAUCUGAGCAUCAGGAAAAGGUGGACUUCACAGUUCCAAGGCAGAUUCUGUCCUGUACCCAGCCAGAUGGAUACAGAAAAGUAGAGGAAAAAGAUGAGAGAGAAGAAGAGCAAACUAACAGAUCACCAGGAAUUCAUGUUAUCCAUAGAGACAGGAGACAGGGUGCUGGGCUCAGAGAUAGAGACGGUUCUUUGUCUUUGCAUAGCCAGAGGAAUAGGGAGGCAGAGCAAGAACUACAUGAUAUGUCAGAGAAACUAUCUCGCCGUUUGGAGGAACUUGAUCUGAUGUUGAAGCGUGCUCUGAGUGAAAUUGGGGAGAUGUGUGAGCCAGGAGAGGAAGAUAAACAGUCUCAUCAUAGCGACAGCAUCAUGGAGUGUGUCAUAAGUUCAUGCCAUUCCAGAGCUCAUGCACACUCAUUGCCCCCCUUCCCUUCACCUGUACAGCACUCUAUCCAGCAAGAUGCUCUGAUCAGAGACUCAUGCAAUGCCAGUCAUAGCCAGCAACAGCACAGAAACACCCAGUUCACAGAAUCAGAUAAACUGAAGCAAUUAGUGCAGCAGGAGCAAACAGAUAUGACCACUGAGAGACUCAAUGCUCAGAAAACGGAGCUUGAAUACCACCAGGCAGUGUGUAGAAAAGCUCCUUCUGUUCACAGAUCCUGCACCAAGUCACCUUGCUCUCGAUCCUCCGGAACUAAACUCCAACACACAGCCAGAAAAGAGAUACAUUCUGUGAAAGUGAAGGACAACAAUCUUCUUCCCAUUCUGCUGGAGGAGUUUCCGCGGGUGCAGCUCUCUCCUCACACUUUGUCCCGUAUGUGGAAACAGCAGCUCCGACAGAUUGACCAGCUCAGCUCUUCCCAAAACCAGAACAGACAGACACAGUCCAAACUUUUAAAACAACUAGAAGAAGCUCAGAAAAGACAUGACAUGCUGGUGCAGAUAAUCCACAAAGAAAAGGAACACAACCGUCGCCUGAGAGAGUUCAGGGAGAGGAUCCAACAGCAGAAGUCAGCUCAAAAUAAGCUUAGAGAACAGAGGCAACAGGUUGCUCGUGCUAAAAAAUAUUACAGCGUCUAUCAUGUUCAGCUACGUGCCAGACUGAUGCAAGCAAAGACACAAGAAGAGCGAAAGCUCAAGCAGAUCUUUGAAGAAGGAUUGGAACUACAGAAAGCUCAUCUGAGAGAGCAGCGUGCAUAUACUAAAGAACUGCGUCAGGAGAAUUACCGCAAAUACAAAUAUGAGAUUGAGGCCAUGGAGAACUACUACAGAGACCAGUUUUCUUUAUUGGCCGAAACCUUAGCCCAUGAAAGGCAGGACAUACAAAUUCGUAAGAAAGCACAGGAAAAGGCUCUGCAGAAAAUGAAAAGAGAGUUAAGAAAUAAGACGGAGAACGAGAUUGGCGAGCUGCAGAAGGUCAUCAUUCAGAAUGACGAAAAUAAUUAUUUCAGAGACUUGGAUGUGGAACGCUUACAGAAGCGUGUACAGAUGGCAUCUUUCCAGUACACCCCCAGCUGUCUGCAGUAAUCACUAGCCAGUUAAGCUGUGAUUGAUAUUGAUCUCCAAUGCAUAUCUUACAUGCAUUAAUCUUUAGGUAGAUUACCAUGAAAAUAAGUCGAUGAAAUGUAAUGUGUGAACCGCUUGAUG